ACUGCGAAUAGUUCUACUUUCGGUUUAGUGCAGGCUAAAUCGCGGUCGACGUUGUAUAGCAGCGGCAGCGGCAUGUCUCUUCGUACGCUCGUCUCUUCGAUUCUCGUGCUUUCGUUGGCGUGGUGUCGCGCGCACGGCCAGUGGCACGACGACGCCGGUCCCUGGUUCAUCGCCACGCAGGGCGAGCCCUGGCCCGAGCCGGCCUACAGGCGACUCCUCGAGCAACGCCACUGUCUCGAUCUCGACACCUUCGACUUCAAGGUGGUCAACCAGAAUUGCGAUCUUUUACAAGAGGCACUCGAGAGAUACGAAAACUUGAUGCGCACCGAGUUCGGCUUCGAUAGCAGUCGUCGCGAGCCGAGCGCUGCGGACGAGGAUUGCAAAUCGACGAUAAGCCAGCUUCGGGUCGAUUUGCAAGACGCCAGCGAGUGCGCCAAGUAUCCGAGGAUCGAUUCCAACGAGCAAUAUCAGCUGAGUAUCGGUAACAAUGCACUUGCUUAUUUAUCGGCCGAUUCCAUUUGGGGAAUACUUCGUGGAUUGGAGACGUUUUCGCAGCUCCUCUACAGAAACGAGACUCAGAAAUCGAUACACUUGCGGGGCCAGGAGAUAAGCGACCUGCCGCGAUUCGGCCAUCGAGGCCUGCUGAUCGACACGUCGCGCCACUUUCUGCCGGUGCGCGACAUUCUGCUGAUCCUCGACGCCAUGGCCUACAACAAGCUCAACGUGCUGCACUGGCAUCUGGUCGACGACAACAGCUUCCCGUACGAGAGCCUGCGCUAUCCGGAGCUCGCCCAGAAGGGCGCCUAUCAUCCGUCCAUGAUCUACCGGGUGGAGGACGUGGCGCGCGUCGUCGAGCACGCCCGUCGCCGGGGCAUACGCGUGCUGCCGGAGCUCGACACGCCCGGCCACACCAAGUCCUGGGGUCGCUCGCACCCGGAGCUGCUGACGCGCUGCUACGACGCCGAAGGUCGCGCCACCGGCAAGCUCGGCCCCAUGGACCCGAGCCACGAGCCUCUCUACGACCUCGUCGAGGAGCUGCUGCGCGAGCUCGGCGAGCGCUUCCCCGACGGCCAGGUGCACCUGGGCGGCGACGAGGUGCUCUACGACUGCUGGCGCAGCAAUCCCGACAUACGCGACUUCAUGCAGCGGCGCAACAUCAGCCUCGAGCGCUACGAGCUCCUCGAGGAGUACUACGUCGAGCGGGUGCUGCGAAUGGCGCGCGAGCUCGGGCUGCAGCCCGUCGUCUGGCAGGAGGUGUUCGACAACGGCCUGCGACUGGCGCGCUCCACGGUGGUGCACGUCUGGACGGGCGACUGGCCCAGGGAGAUGGACGCGGUGACCCGGGCCGGCCACAAGGCCCUGCUCUCGGCCUGCUGGUAUCUCGAUCACGUCGCGGGGGGCGGCGAUUGGCUCAAGUAUUAUCGCUGCGACCCGCUGGACUUCAACGCCACGCUGAGCCAGGCCAAGCAGCGCGACCUCGUGCUGGGCGGCGAGGCCUGCAUGUGGGGCGAAUUCGUCGAUAGGAACAAUGUGCACCAGCGAGUCUGGCCACGAGCCUCGGCGGCGGCCGAGCGGCUCUGGAGUCCCAAGGCGCAGGACGAAGACACAGCGGCGCGCCGCCUCGAGGAGCACGCCUGCCGCAUGAACAGGCGCGGGGUCCCCGCCCAGCCACCCAACGGCUCCGGAUACUGCCUGCUGCCCCAAGAUUAUCGCGUCUAGAGAGCGAGUUUGAAUCUUACAAUUGUUAUCGUUGUUGUUAUGAUUUUUCUUUGUUUAAUUUUCUAUAAUAUUCAGAUGGAUCGGUCAAGAAAUAAAUUUACAUAUUUUUUUCUACUCUACCUGUCUCGAAUGCUUCAUUUAUCGAUAUGUAACGUACAUCUGCGUUUAUAGUGUUUGAAAGAGAUUUUAGAUGAAAUUAGCUGCACAAAAAUUAAGUAACUUAUACUGAAUUUUAUUUCUUCAAUUCUAUCAUCGUUUGAAAUUAAUAUCUUAGUUCUAAUUAAUUUUUUUACAUAAACUGAAGAAAAAUUGAUGAAAGUGCAAUCACACGCUAUACUUUACAUGCAAAAACGAACAAAAAAAAGGUCGUUCUAUACCUAAAUUAAUUGUACAAAAAUUUCACGAAAAUUCAAUAAUAAU